AUUUAUUGUUUCUCUCACUUUCCAGGGAAAACUUUGCUUCCUUUAUAAUUCCACCCCAAAUUUGGGCAUCAUAUUUUUCCCCUCUGACUCCUGGGAAGUAGAACUCAAUAAGGUGUAAGCCUGAACAACCUAUAACAAACACUACAUCAAUAACAAUAAUAAUUAUCCACCCAAAAGUGUGUAACUCAUUUUAUAUACUACAUAUACACAUAUACACAUACCCCCGAAACUCUCUCCAGGUAAACUCCAGUCUGAGAGAUUACAAAAUGCGAUGGCACAAGAAAUUUAAAGUACUUCGUUGCUACAUUCUUAUUCUUGGUUGGCUUGGGAUAAUACUGCUCUUCUUGUCAUAUUGGAGAGUGGAAACAGAUGUUGCUCAUCCUCCCCCUCCUCCUCUUCAAGUUAAUAGUGGAUCCCAGCCAGUCCUAAGCUCAGUACAACACGAGAAGCCUCGCAGUAAAAAGCUACGUCACCAAUGUAACCCAGCAGACCGUAUACAGAGGCAUCAGGAAGGUGUGUUGCCGUCACAGUAUGAACUUAGUGGAGUAAUGAUUGUCUUACGCCAUGGUGACAGAGGCCCUUUGUUAAAUGUGAGAAAUCUUUCUAGUAUAAAUUGUGGUCAAAAGAGCUAUGGCACACAAGUUUAUAAGAAGUAUGUUAGUGAUAUAUUAAAUGUUUCAAAGACCAAUUCAUACAUAAAUUUUGUUGGACCCUUUAUGAAAUAUCCAUUGCUGCCAUUGCCAUCAAAAUGUAGUAUCGGUCAUCUUACUCCUCAGGGUGUUCUUCAGCAUUUACAGCUUGGAAAGAUUUUGAAGGAGAUAUAUUUUUAUGAAUUCAACCUCUUGGGCAACAAACAACAGUUGGAUGAUAUAAUUGUGUACAGCACAAAAUAUCGGCGCACAUUCCAGAGUGUUCUUGCAUUUUUAUAUUCGUUUAUACCAAAAUUUGAUAUCUCUAAAAUUCGCCUGCGUGAAGGGAAAGGUGUUAGCUUUUGUGAGAACGAUUGUCACUGUGAGAAGACUGAUUAUUUUGAUCAGAAAUAUGAUCAGGAACGUAAAGAUUACCGGAAAUCACACCCUGGUGUAAUUGAACUUGUUCGUAGAAUCAACCCAUUGAUAAAGGCAAAAGCCUCUGCUGAGGAUAUUAUUAAUCCCUUGGUAAUGCGAGAUGCACUUCUCUCUUAUGUUUGCCAUGGUGCUGCAUUACCUUGUAAUAAUGAGAGGUGUGUUAAGGUGGAAGAUGUGACUAGUCUUAUAUCGUAUGAAGAAUGGGAAGGAAAGCAAAAGCGCACUUCAGCACAACGAAGGGCUGCAAAGCUCAAGUCCUAUGGACUGUUGAAAAAUAUUGUGGCAACCAUAGACAGAAUGAUUGGAGAUGCUAAACCUCGUGUAGUCAUUUACUCAGGCCAUGACAAAACCCUGAAAUAUUUGCUGGACAGUCUUGCUAUUCCAAAUUAUCCAGUUCCAUACUAUGCCUCUCGGUUGAUAUUGGAACUUUAUCGCAAUUCUUCUGUCACACAUAACUCAAGCCAUCGUAUGAAUUUCUUUUUUCGAUUUGUUUAUAAUGGAAAGGACAUCACAAAGUCAAUUCCAUUUUGUGAUAGCAUCACAAUAAAGCAGCUCAAAUCUGGUAGUGUAAAACGAGGAACUAUAAGCAUGUGUAGUGUGAGCAAACUUGAGUCAUACAUCAGACCAGAACAGUACUUCAAGGAAUUCAGUGCUGUCUCGUUUCGUGAAGCUUGUCGGAAAUAGUAUCUAAACUUCAGACUCAGACUGAAUGUUGGGCAUUUAUUGAUAAAAUUUCUAGUCAUAACUCUAGUCAAUUCUGUUGAAUAAUUAAUGUUUAGUGAUGACUAUCAGUAUUAACUGUACAUACCUAUGACUGGUUUUGCAAGUUUGACUUGCACAGGCCUGUCUGAGGCCAGACUUUUCCCAUGACUGCCUCUAAGUUUGUAUUUGUCUUUUAAUUAUAAUUUAUUAUUGUGAUUUCUUAGGCAUGUAUAUUAAUGAUAAGAAAUUAUGUACAGUAUUUAUAAUACCAUUUUUUUUAUUGUACCACUGUAUAAUGAAUUUUUGGAUGAACACUAGUAAAGUGACAAGUCCUACUAAUAUAGUAACUGGAAAAACCCUAGCAUUAAGUCACUUGCCUUCCUGAGACUCUUCAAGACCAACAUCACUUUACUAAUGUCCAUUAUAAAAAUUAGUGUAUUACUGCCACUUUUUAAAUCUUAGGUUAUUCAGAUACAUUAGUAUAUUUCCAUAUUUUAUGUUGUCAUUACCAGUAUAAAUAUUCAUACAUUGAACUCAGUGUAUUUCAUACCAUUUUUAAAGUGUACAUUGUAAAUACUCUAUAAAUAAUGCAGGAAACCUCUGCUUAAGGAGAGCAUUAAGCACAUUUUCUAGACAGCAUGAACAAAAAUGUGAUUAUUGUGUUGUUUAAUUCAUCAAUUGUUACUACAAAUGUGACAAAGAAAUCACUAAGUGUGAAUGACAACUUAAGCAACUCUAUCAUUCCUUCUUGAGCGAGGCCAUGCAUGCAUAUAAAGUAUAUACUGCAUACAGUUUGUUCUAUUUUUUCUAAAAAUGUACUAUAUACCCUAUAUACUAUAUACUUUGAAAAAAAGUCAAGGCACUUUCAGAUGUCUAAAAAUUUUAGCUAUUUCUUUAAACUAUCAGCAUCAAACACUAUAUUGCCAAGGAUGGCAACAUAAUGUUUGUAUGUAGUCCUCUGAAUUACUCAGGUGAGAAUUUGAAAAAUACUGUACCUAGAUGUGAGGAAAGCAUGGACAACAGCUGAGGGUCAUUCACCAUUGACAUUCACAUAGUAUUCAUUAGCACCUUGGAUACAUGCUGGCUAUUUCUUGAAUACGUUCUUCUAACUGCUCUUCCAGCCACCAACCCUUGUGGCUUAGUGCUUCAUUUUGAUUAUACUGUAUAAUAAUAAUAAUAAUAAUCAUCCAGCCACCAGAAAUUGUAGAAUAAUUUAAAUCACUUCAUAGAUAGUAUAUAUACCUUCUGAAGCCUUUUCUGUUUGCCAGAUUUCUUCCAGAAUAUAUAAAAUCCUUCAGAAAUGAAAAUUUCUCACACAGACACCUCCCUGGCAAACUUUUUUUUUAUUAUCACAUCUGUAUUUUACAUUAUUUUCUUUUAAAAAACACAUCAGGGUUGUGUUAAUUCAUAAAUUUUAUCUAGUGAUCCUCUUUACCUUUGUCAUUUAUACCAGAAGUUGAGAACCCAUAACCCAGGGGCUACAUGUAACUUCCCCAGUGAUGUUUAAUGUGUCCCUCUGAACCUGUCAUGAGUGCUCUUGAUCUAAGAAAUUGAACCAGUAUUCCAGUUCCUUGAAUUAAGCCUGAAUGCCUUCCAUUUCUGCAGGUGCUCUAUGACCUCUACAGGUUUAGUGCUUCCCAUGAAUUAUACAGUAAUAAUAAUAAUCUGAACCUAUUAGAAAAUUAAGUAAUGAAGUACAUAUUACUGAAUAAUUAUUAAAGUGAUAGGUAAGUCAAGACAGUAUCUAUGAUGAAAAAAUUAACACUUAAGAAGGUAUAUGUGUUGGUUGUAAAACAGAUGUGAACACAAUUAUCAUCCCUCUUUAAUUUAUUGUGUUGUAUGUCCUAAUUUACAGUGUGGCAACAAAUUACAAAAUCAGGAGCAUUUUGGCUCAAUAUUAAUCCUUCAACUGCCCAAACGUAGAUCUACGUUCACGUGCAUAGCGCCCCAAACAUAGAUCUGCAUUUUAUUUUACAUGUUUUCAAAUGUAAAAAAAAGUAGAUUUACGUUUGGAGCGCUAGCACGUGAACAUAGAUCUAUGUUUGGACAGUUUAAGGGUUAACAAUUAACAAAUUUUGAAACUAAAUGCUGAAA